AUGUUGCGCGAUCAGUGCGGACUCAUAUUUCUUCAGUUCCGCUACCUUCACAACCGACUGCUCCUUCACCGUCAAGACGAGCUCCGAGUGCUCGAGCAGCAAUUAGACGAACUUGAUCGAGUCGCAGACCCGUCACACAAGUGUCUCAGAUCACGCGAAUACGACGACAAACACUCGGGCCAAAGAUCGGUUCUCUUUGAUGAUAUCGAGAAGAAAUCUACAUCUUACGCAAACUUGGUGGGUGUUUUGCAGAACUUUGCCGCCAUACAGCUGCCUACGAAAGGGGAUCUUCGAAGCUUUUACUACUUUUUCUGUAACGAAAAUCCGUUGGUAGAUCCAGAAGUAUUCUAUCGACAUCGCGAAGACCUCAUGACACUCAAACCUCAAGGAGAUACUACGUGGAUUGAUCAUUGGUUGAUGAGCAUCCUCAAUAAUCAGGCAAUCAAGCCCCUCCGAGAGGGAAUCUGCGACACCUUGCGACAUGGUGAUGCCCAACAUGGUAUUGUCUACCAUGAUCCAACGAAAGUUGGAUUUAUUAAGGCCACGGUCAUGUUUCUCGUGCUACUCGUUCUAUUAACUGCACCGAUUUACCCCCUCUACCAACUUGGCAAACAAGAGACCACACCGCUAGUACUGGCUGAGACGAUCCUGACCCAGUUUGCCUCUUCGCUCUUAUUUGCAGUCUUCCUCAAACUUUUUACCACGGCAAAAAGGCACGAGCCGUUCACGGCCUCCGUCACUUACAUGGCGAUCUGGGUCGUUUUCAUGUCUCAAUCCCAAUGA